AUGUCGUCCCGCCUGCUACACCCGGACGAGUACGAACUUCGCUCGCGCUCGUCAGUCGACUCCGACGGCACCUUCGACCUCGACGAAGCCGAUUUCGAAUCACAAAUCCCUCCCGCCUCUAGGUUCGGCGCGCGCAGAUCCUGGUUGCCCCGGAUCUUCCAGAAUUUCUCAGGAUACCGUCGUUUGAAGACCAAUUCCAGACCGAUACUGACGAGCUCGUCACGCUCGACGUGUUUCCGCCGCUUUGUCUUUCGUCGGAGAUGUUGCUAUCUUCAUGUCGUUUUUGGAAUUGUCUUCGCCCUUGCCUUCUUGACUUCGAUCUUUCGAUCGUCCUAUACUCGCCCGCCGGCGCACUACGCGACACUACGGACAUCUGUGCUUGAGAAGAGCUAUGCUGGGAGGGGAAAUCCGCGCAAUGAGAAAGUGUUUAUAGCGGCGAGUCUAUACGAUCGUGGUGGCGAGCUCGCCGGGGGUCAAUGGGGCCUGCAACUCCUGCAGUUGAUUGACUUAUUAGGGGAUCAAAACGUUUUUGUGAGCAUCUAUGAGAAUGACAGUGGGGAGAAAGGACAAAACGCUCUGCGAGAGUUAGAGCAGCAGAUCCCGUCCCCCAAGGCGAUUGUGUUUGAGGAGCAUCUUGACAUCAAGACAUUGCCGUCCGUGACGAUCCCGGGUGGAGAUAAACGUGUGAAACGCAUUGAGUAUCUCGCUCAAGUCCGAAACAAGGCACUGAAGUCUCUUGAAGAGCACCCGGACGUUCGGUACGACAAGCUGCUCUACUUAAAUGACGUCCUUUUCGACCCACUGGACGCAGUGCAGUUACUCUUCUCAACACACGCCAACGAGGACGGCGUGUCUCAAUACCGCGCCGCAUGUGCGGUUGACUUUGACAACCCCUUCAAAUUCUACGACACCUAUGCAACGCGUGAUCUGCAAGGAUACAGCAUGGGUCUUCCGUUCUUCCCUUGGUUCUCCACAGCCGGCAACGGGGACAGUCGCCGAGAUGUUCUCGCCGGGAGUGAUGCUGUGAGGGUGCGUAGUUGUUGGGGUGGUAUGGUGGCCUUCGAUGCCAAGUACUUCCAGACUCCACCACCCACUAGUACUACUCCUGUUCGCUUCCGAUCUGCACCAGAUCUCUUCUGGGAAGCUUCUGAGUGCUGCUUGAUUCAUGCCGACAUUCAGGACCCGCAGACCAACGUGGACGACAUCACCGACACCGGGAUCUAUAUGAACCCAUAUGUUCGAGUUGCAUAUGACCGCCGUACAUUGUCAUGGUUGGGAGUCACUCGUCGUUUUGAGAAGCUUUACUCCUUCCUCCACAACCUUGGUAACCAUCUCGUCGGUCUGCCAUGGCAUAACCCUCGACGCACAGAGGGCCCUGGGCAAAAUGUGCAGGAAACGGUCUGGGUACCUGAUGCCAACCAAAACGGCGGUGGCUCCUUCCAAACCGUGAAUCGAAUCGCUGGAAAUGAUGGCUAUUGUGGUCGUCGGGGCCUUCAAGUUAUUGUUGAAGACCGCCAGCCUGGUCAGAAGGGCUGGGAAAAGAUUCCCGUUCCCGGUGCCUGA